GCCCCUCAAGCUUGGAGGCCCGCCGCCCGCCUCCCUCCCGCCCCCUGGACCAAUCAACGAACUCGCGGGGACCAAUCAACGAGCUCGGAGGCGGCUCGCGCGCAGAGUUCGCGGGAAGACGGUCUCCGGCAGCGGCAUGUUCCGCGGCCAGCGAGCCUGGUUCUGCCGAAGCGUGAGCCAGGAUCUGCAGGGGCUCUGGGCGGCCCAAGGCGGAGUGAUCUGCAACGCUCGGGAGGCGGACUUUCUGUUCAGCUGCGACGCCUCGCACCCCGACACUAUGAGAAUAUAUCAAAGCUUUGAUUACAUGGAAGACAAUGCUACAGUAUUUCAUGCUUAUUAUCUUUCCGCAAUAGCCAAUGCUGAUAUGAAAAAUACAGUGCCUUUGGGUCACUAUGUCCUUCCACCUGCCUGCCUGCAAAAAGAAAUAAGAAAAAAAAUUGGCAAUUUUAUUUGGGAGCAGAACAAUCAUGUGAUGACAGAGAAGCCCAAUGAGGUAAAGCCAAGUGAAAUAAAGAAUUUCAGGAAAGAUACUGAAUUAUCAAGACAAUCUGGAAAAGAUAUAUACAUAAGCACAAAAAAACAUAUCUCAAGGACUCCAGUUACAGGAAAACAACUGUAUUAUCCUCUUCAGAAUUAUCCAGUGAAUAACAUGGUAACAGGUUAUGUCUCUAUUGAUACAAUGAAGAAAUUCCUUGGGGAGCUACAUGACUUCAUUCCUGGAAGCUCAGGAUACUUGGCAUAUCAUGUUCAAAAAGAAAUCAACCUCUUUUCUGCUGUAAAAAAUAAAUUGAAGAAAAAAUGUUAAGUUGGAUUAUCCUUUGCUCAUCUAUUUUCUAUAAAAUAUGUUACUAAAUUAAGCAUUGUUUAAUUAUUACUACUCAUCUUUAAAUUACAAUUUCUUUUCCUCAAGAUCAAUUUAGAACUUUUUCUCCUUAGAAAAUUUAGAACCAUUUUGGUCAGAUAAUAGAAGCUCUAUAGCAGGUUAUUUUGUCUUGAUUUGUGGCAAUGACCAAACAAAUUAUAAAAUUUAUAUUUUUUUGUGUUGUAGUUGUUAUUGAAAUGUCCAUUCCAUUAUAAGUCUUAUAUUUACUCUUUUCAGUAAAAGUGUGUCUUUUGGCUUAAAAUUUCUGUAUAAUAAGUUUAUUGCUGUUAAACUCCAUAAAUAUGAACAUGCUUCUGAGAAUUCAAUUUUACAUAAGGUAUUAUGGAGUACUAUAGUAAAUUUUGAACUAAGAAAGAAUAAUAAGGGGCAGAGCUAGGUGGCGCAGUGGAUAGAGCA